UCGGCCGGCGACCAGACAGUGCAACAGCAGCAGUCGCGUACGUCGUACUGCAGCCGGUCAGUUACUUCGGCACCGCUCUUGUGCUAGGUGUAUUCGCCACGCGUCGUCGUCCACCGUCCUCCUCGCCCAUCGUCGACGAUCGUCUUUCGUUUUUUUUUUUUCUGACCAACAGAAACGGACCACUUUGAACGUCAUACCGUAUGGUUUGAUCAUUCUAACGUCGUCUUAUGCGUCCAGAAAACACGACUACCCAAAGCCAUGAUCAAUUCUAUUAUUAUAAUGCGUGCCAAUAAAUCUAGUUCAAACAGAGAAAUCCAUCAUUAUGAUGUUGAAAUAACGCAUAAGCGGUAGCAAAUACUGUUUUAGGGAUGGCUGCAUUUAUCGGAAUCGGUGUGCUGAGGCAUAUGUUAUACCGUCUGAUAUUUUGGGCGGCUAUAUUGUUAUGCCUCUCACAAUUGUUGAUAACAUUAUGGAGAUCAGACCGGCCGAUGGCAAUGAAGUCAAGCAACAUCAACACCAGGAUGAUCCUGCAGAAUAUGAUUGAUUUUCAUAGCGCACGGACCACAACGCCGCCAUACGAGAGCCUGUUAACCGUGGAGCCAUGGGUGGACAAACUAUCGGUGCAAUCAGAACAGCUGAUUAUGGACCAAGUACAAAAACGAUUGCCCAAUCUGCCGGUGUCCUAUUGGAAUCAGAAUAAAAACAAAGCAAUGUACUAUAAAAACGAGAGUUGCGCCAAGUUUCCGAGCAUAUACGAAUUAGAAUUUAACAACGUGUACUGGCAGUCGCUGCAGACAUCCAACGGGUCGUUUCACUUGUACAGCGCUUACUAUGACGUGCGAAAGCUGAGUAGGAUCGGGCCAGCAGUCCGAAUACUGGGCAUGAUCAACCGUAUCGAGCCGACGGUCAAGACUCACUGUCAGUUUUGGUUCGACGAUCACAGGCAGCCGGUUAUCGUAAAAAUCAUGGAAUACAAAUACAUAUGGUACAAGAAGUGGGGCAACUACAAGCAGGGCAUAUUCCAGCCAUACCUUAUCGCAUGCCAGAUACCCAAGUCCCACCAUCACGCCGUGCCCGCGUCCGUGUCACUGGUGGAGAAUGUGUGUGACAAAGCCACUAACAAUUUGCGCGUGGUAUACAACCGACCAGCCGUUAAGAAGGGUUUCGCGGUGUGCGUCAAAGGCCUGGACUUUUUGUACGAAGACCUGUCAGUGCGGCUAGUUGAGUGGAUCGAGCUGUUGCACAUCCUUGGCGCUGACAAGAUAUUCUUUUAUCAGCUUCAAGUACACCCGAACAUUAGCAAGGUGCUCGACCACUAUGAGUCUGUGGGCCGCGUGCACGUAACACCGUUGACGCUGCCCGGCGGCCAGCCCAAUGUUCCGGGAUUCCAGCACCUUUACCUGACCAAAAAGGUAAACCACAAACGACAGAACGAACUGAUACCGUAUAACGAUUGCCUAUACCGGAACCUCUACUCGUACGAAUACAUAGCACUAUUAGAUAUCGACGAGGUGAUAAUGCCGAUACAGACCAGGACGUGGAAGGAACUCAUGGACACGGUGAUGGUGAAGGCUCUGGCGGCAAGGAACGAAACCCGUGCCUCGUACAAUGUCCGGAACGUUUAUUUCCUGGACGAUCUGAUCCACACGCACGGUUGGUUCAAGACCAUGCCAAAAUACAUGCACAUGCUACAGCACGUGUACAGGAGCAAGAACUAUACGAAACCGAACCAGUAUGUAAAAUGCUUUCAUAACCCCGAAAGAGCGUUAACUCUGCACAAUCAUUUUCCACUGGCAUGCCUGAGCCAAGGCUGCACUUCGUACGCCAUGGACACUGCGGACGCUCAUCUGCAACAUUACCGGGCCGACUGCGUAAAGACGUUGAAGAAAACGUGCACGGAAUUUAGACAGAACAGCGUGAUCGACACGACCAUCUGGAGGUACAAAAGAGAUCUCAUAUCCAGAGUGUCGAACACGCUGUCAUCACUGGGUUUUUUCCCCGCCAUAUGACAAAAACCCGAUUUAAAAAAACAAAAUCUAUAAAUAUAUGAUAAUCAUAUUUUGUAUAUAAAAUAGAUAUUUGAAAAAUCGUUCCUGCACGUGCGACAUUUCAUUAUAUUGUAUAGAUUAUUUAAGCGCGCGUUUUACCUGUAGAUAUCUUAAAUUAUUAUUAUUGAAAUAGAACUACCGUAUAUAAAUUUUCAAGUGGAUAAUAAUCAAAACGUUAACAUUCAUUCAUCGACGACUAAAUAAAUCUACAUACGCUGCAAAAAGACUGGACCCUAUCACGCGAGUGCAGUCUCGCAAAUUCCGAAUUGUAUACGACUUACGAGACUAUAUUUUUAAACUAUUCGAAGGGACAACUCUAUACUAUUAUAUUUUUAUCACGUUUUAUUUUUCUAUAAAGAACAUUAAUUUUAUCAGUUAUUUUCAAAUAUUAGAAUUUAUAUACGUUUCAUACGCCAAAAGAGCGUCGACCAGAAUUGAGGUUCCGAAACAAUAUAAAUGGUUUCAAAACAUUAAUUUUUAUAAGCAGAUACCUACUUCAUACUUCUGUGAAGAUUUAUAUUUCUUCGAAACAUAUAAUAUAGAGUUCACAUCUUUGAGAUCCCAUACUGUUCAUGAUGUAGGUAUUCUUAAAGUAUUUUUAUGUUUAUGCCAACUAUUAAUAGGUACUUUUACAGUUAAGACAUUUUAAUGAUUUUUGCCAAAUAUUUUAUUAUUGAUUUCCAAAAUAUAUUUUUUUUUAUCAUAUUAAAAUCAAUACUCAAUUAUAUGAAUAUUUCUGUAGAUAUUUGGUGUUAUAUACAUUAUUUUUAUAUUGUAUUAUGUGUGUAGUAGUCUUGUAUUAAAUUAUAAUAUAAAUAUAUAUUAUGUAUUGUACUGUUGUAUCAACAUGUUUAUUAAUCAUAUAUAUAUAUAUCAUAAUGUAUAUCAUAUUAAUAUAAAAUUAUUAUGCCUUGUAUCUACCUACGUCUUAAUAAAAUAUUAUUAGAUUUACAACUACUGCGAAAGAAAGAAAUCCAACGAAAGACAACCAAUUCAUUCACAUAAUAAUAUUACGAACAGCAACUAUACUAAUUGUCUAUUAGUACAUAAUUGUGUCACUGUGUUACAGCAAUUUUGUUUAUUGUAUUAAUUUAGAGCUAUCAUAAAAUUAAGAAGUUCAUAAAUAAAUGUACAAAGUUUAACUAUAAUA